UUUGCUGAUGCCUAUAUGGUCCAGGUAACUGCCAACCAUAGAUCGUCUUCAGGUCGCCACAACAACCCAAAUUGCAAAGGACGUGGUAAUAGUGACACAAUUAGGACACAUUAUGAUGCAGUCAGUGGUGUCGGGAAGAUCAACACUACAACUGUUCAGGAAGAGUUGACUGUUUUGCUGCCGUUCGAAGGCAAGGUACUUUAUGAAAAGAUCGUUCUUACAAGCGAAAACAAUACUCUGGUGAACAAGAUAUAUGACGUGGAUUUCGAAUGUAAAAAUGCCAAGAAACUUCUGAAGAAAAUUUGUCCUCAGCCCUGCAACAUGAUUUUGUCUCGAGACUUGAACACUGAUUAAAAUUGAAAUCAGUUCAAACAA